CCCUCACACACUAACACCUUCCGAACUCUUAUCUCUCCAUUGCAGUCCCUUUUUGUGUUCUCAAAAUCUCAUAAAAUUAUUCCCAAGCCCAGGACUCGUCAAAGUCAGCCGAGAAUCGCCCACCUCUCGAUCGCAACGCAUGCCGAUCCUCCUCCGCCGAUAGCGAGCCUCCGAUCUUAUCAGCCUCCUAGCUACCCCAGCCAUCUGUCCUGUCCUACGUGCCUCCCACCAGCGCAUGUGUCGCUCCCAAGCCCGCCAAUUCGCAACCUACAUUUGUCUCUCCCAUAAUGGGGACAUACGCAGAUGAUGGCAACCCUGAAUUCCCACCCAUGAGCCGCUCGCGGACCGCCUCGCAGUCAUCCUCUGAUUCCGGCCUCUCCGUCGACACGAACUUCCCAGAAGAAUCCAAAUACACCACCCACACGAACGAUCCCUUGCGACUGGAUUCAGCCGUCGAUGCGAGAUAUCGAGACGUGGAGGAAGGGGAUCCGCAGCCUGAUGAGCCAUUUCUACCCUCGUCGCAGAAGAAAUCGACCGCCUCUGGGCGCCGGACCUCUCGUAUAAUAUGGGCGUUGGUUAUACUGUGCGUGGCAGGCUGGCUUGGGGCGCUAACGCUGUUCGUGACCCAGAAGUACUCCAGCGACCUCGCUGUCUCGGAAGCGCUGCAGUCGCAUGAUUCCAGCCCCUUCUCCGAUAGCACAAGCUCGGGGAAGCCUGUCACGCUGGAGCAGGUUCUCAGGGGACAAUGGCAGCCCAUGUCUCAUGCCAUCUCUUGGAUCGCAGGACCCAAUGGUGAAGAUGGUCUGUUGGUAGAGCGUGGCGAGGGGGAGGGAAAGGCAUAUUUGCGUGUUGAGGAUAUCCGCAAUCGCAAGAAGGAUGCCCAAAGCCAGGAAAGUAGGGUGCUGAUGGAAAAGCCCACUGUGCAUGUGGAUGGGCGCCAAAUCGUCCCCACCAUGACAUGGCCCAGUCCCAAUCUCAAGAAGGUGCUGCUCUUGUCGGACCGCGAGAAGAAUUGGAGACAUUCCUACACAGGCAACUACUGGGUCUUCGACGUGGAAUCUCAAACGGCGCAGGCGCUGGAUCCGAGCGAGCCUGACGGACGUGUCCAGCUUGCGGUCUGGUCGCCUGCUUCUGACGCUGUUGUCUUUGCGAGAGGGAACAACCUGUAUCUCCGGAACUUGUCGUCGGAUAAGGUAGUCCAAAUCACCAAGGACGGCGGCGCGGACCUUUUCUACGGUGUCCCUGACUGGGUUUAUGAAGAAGAAGUUAUCUCAGGCAAUAGUGUAACCUGGUGGUCCAGUGGCGGCGAGUUCCUUGCUUUCUUGCGCACCAACGAAUCUUCAGUGCCUGAAUUCCCCGUCCAGUACCACCUCUCGAGGCCGUCUGGGAAACAACCGCUCCCAGGACUCGAAAACUACCCGGAGGUCAGAGAGAUCAAGUAUCCUAAGCCCGGCGCCCCCAACCCAAUCGUUAACUUGCAGUUCUACGACGUCGAGAGACAACAAGUAUUUACGGUGGAUAUUCCCGACGACUUCGAAGAUGACGAUCGCAUCAUUAUCGAGGUGGUGUGGGCAGGCGCAGAAAAAGUUCUUGUGCGAACAACCAACAGAGAAAGUGAUAUUCUCAAGGUCUUCCUGAUUGACACGAGAGCUCGCACGGGCAAACUCGUCCGAACUGAAGACGUCGCUGGUAUUGACGGCGGCUGGGUUGAGCCAUCCCAGUACACCCGAUUCAUCCCUGCGGAUCCAAGCAAUGGUCGGCCACACGAUGGCUAUCUCGAUACCGUGAUUUACAAUGGCUACGACCAUCUCGCAUACUUCGCGCCCCUUGAUAACUCUGAUCCAGUGAUGCUGACCACAGGCGAAUGGGAGGUGGUCGAAGCUCCUGCCGCCGUUGAUCCCCACCGAGGCGUUGUCUACUUCAUUGCCACAAAAGAAGCCCCUACCCAACGCCAUCUCUACCAGGUCAACUUUGAUGGAUCCAACCUCAAGGCUCUCACAGAUGUUUCCAAACCAGGCUACUACGAUGUUUCCUUCUCCCAAGGUACCGGGUACGCACUUCUCAGCUACAAGGGCCCGUCCAUCCCAUGGCAAGCGAUCGUCAAUACCGAGACAGACAAGAUUAUCCUCGAAGAGACCAUUGAAGACAACGCUGGCCUCGCUCGCAUGGCUGAAACAUAUGCGCUCCCAACAGAAAUCUAUCAGAACGUCACCAUUGACGGCUUCACCCUCCAGGUCGUCGAACGUCGCCCUCCUCACUUCAACCCGGCCAAGAAAUAUCCUGUGCUCUUCUAUCUCUACGGUGGACCAGGCUCUCAGACCGUGGAUCGCAAGUUCACCGUCGACUUCCAGGCAUACAUUGCUUCGAGUCUGGGCUACAUUGUCGUCACUGUUGAUGGCCGAGGCACGGGCUACAUUGGCCGCAAAGCACGAUGCAUUGUCCGUGGCAACAUCGGCUACUACGAAGCUCACGAUCAGAUUGCUACGGCCAAAAUCUGGGCUCAGAAAACCUAUGUCGAUGCAACCCGAAUGGCGAUCUGGGGCUGGAGCUACGGCGGAUUUAUGACCUUGAAGACGCUCGAGCAAGACGCAGGACAGACAUUCCAAUACGGCAUGGCUGUUGCACCGGUGACUGAUUGGCGGUUCUACGAUUCUAUAUACACUGAACGCUACAUGCACACCCCCGAACACAACCCCACAGGAUAUGACAACUCCUCGAUCUCCGAUAUGUCUGCACUUCAGGAAACUGUGCGAUUCCUAGUUAUGCACGGUUCCUCUGAUGACAACGUCCACCUCCAGAACACCCUUGUCCUGGUGGAUAAAUUGGACUUGGCCAGUGUUGAGAACUACGAUCUGCAUGUCUACCCGGAUUCGGAUCACAACAUUGCGUUCCACAAUGCGCAUACCAUGGUUUAUGAGCGUCUUUCGAGCUGGCUCAUCAAUGCAUUCAAUGACGAAUGGCAUCGUAUCGACCAUCCGGUUCCGGAUGAGUCGAUGUGGGGAAGGGUCAGGCGCUCGUUGCCCAUUUUGGCACAUUAACCUAGAUUUUCGAUGUCGCUGUUUGGAUGGGCGUUCGCUUCAUGGGAGAUAUCCUAAAUUUUCGUUGCUUCUUUUUGUAUAUACCUAUUGGGAUAUGGUUUUCAUUCAAGCUUCUGUUACAAUGCACUUCUCGACUUCAUCUCGAUCUUCUCGUUGAAUCCGUCAUCGUUGAUCAAGCAGAGAAGAAGCAAGUCCACCGUCAGCGCCGGGCCUUCUGCGCUCUAGCGAGAUUACCGCCACGCGCCCACCGCAAAGCAAGCGGGACGAGACGGGGCCUCGCGACAGGUUGACGAAAGGCAUGCCAAGCGUGACAGGUGACGAUCCUCCAAGAGCACCAAACCGAGAGCAGGGAUCCCGCUCCCGUCCUGAGUCACGAUAGUCGGAUUAAAGUGCUGGCCCUGACCGCUGGGAUUGGAGG